UUUCACGCUUUUUCCUUCCUACAUCAUCAUCAUAAACAUAAAAGAGGAAAGAAAAAAGAAAGAAAGAGGAGCUGCUUUACCAAAUAAUUGAUCAUCCUCCUCCAUCUUCUUUCUUUCAGAAUCACAUUCGCUUCCAAGACUCAUAGCGAGAGAGAGAUAUGGGAUUGCUAUCAAAUAGAAUUACCAAAGAGAGUUUGAAACCAGGGGAUCAUAUUUACUCGUGGAGGACUGCUUAUGUCUAUGCACAUCAUGGUAUUUAUGCUGGGGAUGAUAAAGUCAUUCACUUCACUAGAGGAAGAGGCCAAGAAGUGGGAACAGGGACAGUACUUGAUUAUAUUUUGGUAAGCUCUGGGCCAACCAGAUCUCAAAUCCCGUGCCCUGUCUGCCAUCAGGCAGAAGAAGGUCAUGGGGUAGUAUCCUCCUGCCUCAACUGCUUCCUUUCUGGUGGGAUUCUGUAUCGUUUCGAGUAUUCUGUUACCCCUGCUCUCUUUCUUGCAAAAGCACGUGGUGGAACAUGCACUCUUGCAGUUUCGGACAAAGACGAGAUUUGCGUUCACCGAGCAACCUAUUUACUCAUCAAUGGCUUUGGAUGUUACAAUGUCUUUAAGAACAACUGCGAAGAUUUUGCCAUUUACUGCAAGACGGGUCUGCUUGUAAUUGAUCAAGGGACAAUGGGUCAGAGUGGGCAAGCAGUGUCUAUUAUUGGCGGGCCACUUGCUGCAGUUCUAUCAACUCCGCUCCGCUUAGUCACAACUAACAUUUAUGGAAUGGCUGCGACUGCCAUAGGAGUGUACUGUGCAAGUCGAUAUGCUGCUGAUAUUGGAAUGAGGAGGGAUGUGGUGAAGGUGGAAGCCGAGGAGCUCACUAGAAGACUGGCAACAGGUGGGCUUCAGAUUGUUGAGACUGGUAUUGCUACUUUAGCGAUUCCUAGUGCCACAGCGCGAUAAAACACUUAAGUGUUCUAUCCAGGUCUUUGGUAUUUUUUUUUGCCUUUUUCUUAACCAGGGUUCCUGUUAUUGAAAUUGUAUGGAUGAACUUAUGGUAUGGGUGGUGGUGUAGGGGAAUAAGGGUUUUCACUUGCUAUAUGAGUGAAUCCUGAGUACCUUUACUAGUCGUAGUCGUUAUGUUUCUUUGGUUUCUAUCUUAUCCGCAUAUACUUUAUCUUAUCUUUUUGUAAUUCUAUCUUGAAACUGAAAGUUCUCAUCGUUCUCUUUGGAGCGAUUAUUGUUGCCAAAAUGUA